AUUUUAUUCUGCUCCGUGAAAAUACUAAAUUAAAUCAAUGGCUAAUUAAAUAGCCAUGAUUUACAAAAUAUCCUCCUUAUUUCUCCAUCAAUGACACGCCAUUUCCUCCCCCAAAAUCUUCCCAAAUAUCUCAAUCAUUUAUUUCAAUUAUUCUCCCAAAUCUUCAAUUAAUUGUGGGAUAUUUCUUAAUCCUAUAAACAAAGGAUCAACCCCUAAACCUAACACACAAAUCACACGCCCACUUCUUCAAACCACACGCCCCACCCCCUUUUUCAUCUCUUCUCCCACUUGUUAUCCAUUUCACUCAAGAUCCUAUCAAUUUUCCAAGAGAUUGUUGAAGAACCAAGGUUUUAAUUGCUUCCUACCGAUUAUUUCGUCCAAGAAAAGGUGAAAUUUUGUGCGAGACGCGUGAUACCAAAGGAAAAGCGAAACUUGAAAACUAAAGGAUCGAGGUUGAGCGGCGACGGGCGGUUGGCGGUGUUGAGCAGGAACCAAUAAUGAACUGUGGUUGUUUUGGUUUUGAAAUUCCGAGUGUCGUUGUGUCUUCACACAUGACGUCACUCUUCUCUUGGAUGCUUCCGCUGUGAUAUUUUUCUUAGAAUACUUUUCAUUUAAAUUCUGAAACUAUUUUAUGAUGGGAUGUUUGAAACUCGUUACACUUUUUGAAUAAAUGCUAAACCCUAGUCUUUAUUCAUUAAACCCUAAUACUCUUGGUCGCAUUAUUUAUUAGCCUUAGUUUUUAGUCAAAUUUUAUUGAAAACCCUAGUCUUCUAUGCCGUUCAUCUAAACCCCUUUAAGUCGCGAUCGCCCGCUUUUAUUAACCCUAAGGGGCGGUCGUGACAGUUUGGUAUCAGAGCCUCAGUUCUUUCCGCUCUGGACCCAAGAGUCUUGUUUGAGUCAAAAUCUAUGCAUGUGUAAUUUGAUAAAUUGAUAAACAUCGAUAGCUCAACACCACAACUCGUCUCCGCCCAACCACAAAAAAAAAAGAGGUAAAAAUACUUUUGUGAGUUUGGGAUUUGAUUAACCGAAGUUGAAAUUUUCGAUGGGGAACAAAGUUGAUAUGAUAUUUUCGAAAUUUUUGCUUGGAAUAUGAAUGGAUGAAAAUGCAUGGAUAUGGAAUUGAUAUUUGCGCUUAUGCCCAAGAUGAUGAAUGUCGUUAUGCGAUGAACUUGUAUUUUACUUGAUAAGGAAAAAUUGGCAAAUAUGUGAUAACUCUAUAUACGUUGGAUGAAUGAAGUUAUAUGAUUGUGAUUAUUCAAUUGCUUUAUGAGGCAAUAUGUGAAAGAACUUGAGCAUGCUGCUAUACAUAAUUGUAAAUCAUGUAUGAAUGAAAAAUUUUGAGAUAGUGUCGAACGUGGAGGCAGGAAAAGCCUAACGCAAGGCAAGCGACGCGUGGGGAUAUAUAUCGCGACUUAACGAAAUGCAAAAACGCACGAACCUUUUUGCUUCGGAAAUGAAAUUCCAUUCAUUCUUGAUAUGAUACUACCCGCACACCUCCAUCAUUGGAGAUUUAUAUAUACGCACCCAUCAUAUUCUCAGCAUCAUUCGAAACCUCAUACACCGUUAUUUCUUUCGAUCCUUGUGCUGAUGCUGAGUUUUUAUGGCCCAACGGUAUUAUGCUCUGAUGCGUAAUCGCUACUCCAGCGAAAGGGACCACCCGGUUGAGCGCUACCGAGAUUACGAGUGGGACGGGGAGCUCUUCCUCAUGACCUACGUCACCGAGUUUUACAGUAAAUGGAUGAACGCCUAUGCAUAUGGGGGAGCUACCCAUCACGAGGGGAUCCAAAAGCUCAUCCACACUCUACCAUCUCCUUGGAGCGAGUGGACCGCUCAGGUGUCUCAGUUUUUCAUAUGGUAUAGCCCGCUCGAUUACACCGCGCGAGGGGAUUUGGUUGGCCUUAUAAAGGUGCUGCUUCCGGCCAUGACAGCGGCAUUUGAUGGACCGCCACGUGAUCCACCUCCACAUAUCUAUCCGCCGGGUACAGCCCGCAUGCGGAAGUAUCGAUGCGACGAGGAGCCACGCGUCUCCCGUGUUCCUAAGACAAGGAGACUCGGGAUGCGUGUCGCAGCCCCUCAAAGAAGCAACAGAGAGGUCAAUGGGAGGUUUGGGAUGACCCCUCCACCUGCGGGUGUCGAGGAGGAAAGUGAGGAAGAUGAUCCCGAGGAAGAGGAUCCCGUAGAGGAGGAGGACCCAAUUAGAGAGAGCGUUGGAGAGACCGAGGAGAAGGAAGAUGAGGAUGGAAGGGAUUAAACAUAAUAAUUCUAUAAUAUUUUAUUACGAUUUCCCAUGUUUUGGAUACUUUACCAUUUUUGCUUGACCUUGACAUCGUUUUGUCAUUUGUUUUCGUUAUAAUGGAACUAAGACCUCUUCGAGGCAACUUUUCAUAUUUCUAUGGGAAAUUCUUGUCUUUUGCUA